UUUUCAAAAAUGCAACCUACCCCUCCCAAGAAAAUUAAAAUCACCCCUACUGAGAGUCUUGACUUCUAUGUUAAAAAACUCGGUCAUGAGACCAAGUUUACCCAAAAAUUUAAUCUUCUUAAGUUAUCAACCAAAUUCAUAAUCACAAAUGUUUCCAAUAAUCCAGAAGGUUUACUAGGCUCGAUUUUUGAGUAUUGUAUCGAUCAAUCUCUAUUAGAAAAUCAUGAACGACAAAUGGAACCAGAUCAGCUAGGGUGUAUAAUUUCGAGUCAGAACCUUGACUCAGACAUUUGGAUCCCGGUUCGAGAAAUCACGUCCAACACAAUUGAUUCAAUUUUGAAUCAAUUCCUAAAGGUUGCCCAGAGUAAGAAACAGGAUAAUGGUAUGUUAUGGGGGGCCCCUUUUCUUGUUUCAAUAACAACUAUACAAAGAGAUGGACUUAAUUCUAGAACCGUGCAUGGUAGCGGUAGAGAGCUACAAACAAUUCAUCAUAGGAUUAAUGAACAAAACCUUAUAAAAAUACGAAAUACUGAUACUUACUGUCUCUUCCACGCUUUGAUGGCUACUUUUGUUCACGCAAUAUUUUCCUGGCCAAGAUGGAAAUUCUAUGAUUAUCUCCAUAGUCGAAGGGGGAUGAAACAACUUCUCGAAAACGAUGUAUUAGAGCUAAUGGAAGAGAUUGGAGCUGAAUUUAAUCAAGAGGUGUACUGCGCUGAAGAAUGGGUCCCACGGGUGGUUGACUUAUGGAAUACAGUGAACAGAGGAUGGUUUAAAGUUUAUAUAUUCGGGGAUUUGGGGGGAAAACCUAUUUAUAAAUACGGGCCUGAUAAUUUUGAUAUCCCUAUAAUUUUGUAUUAUAAUAAGGAACACUUUGAUGGUGUCCGCAAGGUUAGUGACUUAUUCGGUCAACCCUACUGUUUAUCUUGUGAAAGCGUUUAUAAUAGGAAAUUGAACCAUGCAAUUUCGUGUAAAUCUAGAUGUCUUAACUGUUCAAGGGUUGGCCCAGGGGUGUGA